CGCUCCACCGCCCCCCCGCAGCGCGGCCCCGCCCCCGCCGCUUCCCAGCGCCCAGGCCUCCGCCGCGUCGGGAUGAGCCGCGCUUCCCCAUGGAGACCAAACGGGCCGAGAUCCCCAGCAGCGUCCUGGACGACCUAUGCAGCCGAUUUAUUUUGCACAUUCCAAGUGAAGAGAGAGACAAUGCAAUCAGAGUGUGUUUUCAGAUUGAACUUGCCCAUUGGUUUUAUUUGGAUUUCUACAUGCAAAACACACCAGGAUUACCUCAGUGUGGGAUAAGAGACUUUGCUAAAGCUGUCUUCAAUCACUGCCCCUUUUUACUGCCUCAAGGUGAAGAUGUACAAAAGGUUUUAGAUGAGUGGAAAGAAUACAAAAUGGGAGUGCCAACCUAUGGUGCAAUUAUCCUUGAUGAGACACUUGAAAAUGUUCUUUUGGUUCAGGGCUAUUUAGCAAAAUCUGGUUGGGGAUUUCCAAAAGGGAAAGUAAAUAAAGAAGAGGCACCUCAUGACUGUGCUGCUAGAGAGGUGUUUGAAGAAACUGGGUUUGACAUAAAAGAUUAUAUCUGCAAAGAGGACUACAUUGAGCUGCGAAUCAAUGAUCAGUUAGCACGGCUGUACAUCAUUCCUGGAGUUCCCAAGAGCACGAAAUUCAACCCCAAAACUAGAAGGGAAAUUCGGAAUAUUGAGUGGUUUUCCAUCGACAAAUUACCAUGCCACAGAAAUGACAUGACCCCAAAGUCCAAGCUGGGUUUGGCACCUAACAAAUUUUUUAUGGCUAUUCCCUUCAUCAGGCCGUUGAGGGAAUGGAUUUCCCGAAGGAAUGGAGACUCCUCAGACAGUGACAAUGGCUUUUCAUCUGCAGGGAGCACACCGUCUAAGCCCAACUUGGAAAAAGCUAGAUCCAAACUUCGCUGUAGUCAACAGGUGUUUACAGAUGGCUUUUCAGGAGAGCACUUGGUGAAGCCAAAACAGCCACAGAAGCCAUAUAAUCAUCCUGAGGUGUCUGAAGUUUUGAAAGUAAAGCAGAGUCAGAGCCUGAGGAACAAUGGCAGAAAGCAAAAUCAAGACACUUCCAGCCAAAAGAAGCGAACAAAUGGACUGCACAGUCAACCAGUUAAGCAAAACCAUACCUUGAAAUGUGAAAAAAGGCUUAAUCCAAGAAGACUUCAAGAUAACUUUGAAACAGAAGCAGCAUUUGAGAUGUGUUGCUCCAGCGAAGAUGCGCUGCCAGAACAUGUAGAUGGACAUUCUGUGGCAUGCAAUGGCCAUUACAAAUUUGGUUUUUCAUCAAGAGCUUUCUUGAGUUUUAAGUUUGACCAUGAUGCCAUAAUGAGAAGUUUUGACCUCUGACAGCAAACUUACUAGGAAUAAGAAUCAGACUUGCCUGUUGCAAUUGAGGGGGUUUCUUAUCCAGCCUUACUCUUUCUCAGGAGUUUUUUAUUUUGUUCUGUUUGUUUGUUUUUAAAUGCAAUGCAGGGACUGACUGCUGGUUUGGAAGGGUUUGUUCUCUUUGCAGUAUGGGAGUGGCAUAGUCAAGUGUUGCACUUUAAAUGCAGUCUAGCCUUUGUCCACAAAAGUACCUUUCCAAUGUUCAGUUCACUUGUUCCUAGCUGUGCAUUAGAGGGCAUUCUUUUUACUCGUGUUUUAUUUUUUUGUGGUUUAAAUUUUUUUUAUUGUAACUUGCUGUGUGUUUUGUAGAAUGUCAUUGACUUUUUUUUAAACUGUUGGUGUAUACCAGCUUGCUAACCUUUUAACUGUUCUGAUGUAAAUUAUUGGACUUGUUUGUCAUUAUUUUGUAGAACAUUGCAAUAUUACACAGUGGCAAUGAAACGAAUUCUCAGAGGACACCUCUGUCCUAGUGAUUUUGAAACCAAGUUGCACAUUUCAAACCUAGUCUCAGCCUGUCAUCCUUUCUCUGUACUGAUUGUUUGCCCCAAAUACCUUUCCUUCUUUCACACUGAUAGUUUUUGUUGGCUGGCAAUCACUAGUACUUGAGUCAAAUCUAUAGCAUGUUGACUUCUUGUACCUACUCUUUCUUGGUCUUCAGUAAUGACACUCAAACUGAGUAAAACUCAGCCCUUCAAAGUGUCUAACUUAGCUCUUGUGCACUGCCCACAGCUGCAUAAGAAAAAGUUACAAAGCAGCUGCUUGUGAAAAAAGAGAAGCUUAAACUUGUCUGCGAGAGGUAACUUGUGCAGAAUUUAUACUGAAUGUAAAUAAGCCUCUGUAGAUCUUGCUGAGGAGGAAGGCAGGUGCAUGGGUAAUAGAGGCAUUGUGUGACACUGAACAGCUUAAUCAGGCUUCCAGUAACUAUUCCAAGGGUGUUCAGUAUUGUAUCCUGUGCUGUUGUCCUCAGAUCUCUUGUGUAAUGUAUCUACUCUGUAUAUAUCUGGUAGUAUUGAAUUGCACUUGCAGUUAGCAUUUAAAUGAUCUAGCCUCAGUCAUUUUCAGCUACAGUGCUUUCUUAGGAAAAACAUGAAAGAUGGGGUGGGGAUGGACGGAAGAAACAAAAAACCUGUAAGAGCUGGGGUGAUGAGCUGUUACAUCACCUGCAGGUCAUUGGGUUUUGAGCAUCUGUGUUGCAGUGGAGAGAAAUGCACUGAAAUAAUUUGUCACAGCAGCUUGUGAUAGCAAGCAUGUCCCAGAUUUAAAAAUGUACUUUUCUCUAGAAUAGAGGUAAUUGAUAACUUGAUAGGUUGAAUGAACUACACCCUUGUAGUGUAUCUACAUGCACUGUGUUUUUAUGCAACUCAUAUAUGUCAUCCAAAGCCAAAAUCCUGGUCUUCCUUCAAUCACCCUACUUCAUAUACCCUACCUAGUGUUUUCCUCAGAAAUAGCUUUAGAACUUUCUCCUGGUUUAUUCACCUGCCUCGCCUCGCACCAGGUGAUUUGGAACUCUUAAUGGUGUAAUAAUUUUGGCCAUGAGAGUGUUCAACUUCUGUAUCAGUCAACAGGAGAAAUGGACUACAGCAUUUCCUCCUUCUGGAGGACAAGAGUUCUGAGGGCCUUGUUUUUCAAGACCAAAUUGUGAAAUAGCUCAAUCUAGCUUUGACUCAUUUUUUAAAAUUUUUCUUUUUUUUUUUUUUUUUUGUUUUUUUUUUUUUGGUUGUUGUUGUUGUUGUUGUUGUUGUUUUUUUCCUUAAAUGUAUCCAAAGGCCAUACAAUGACAAAGAAGAGUGAUUGAGAGGGGAGGAUAAUGCUGGAGGAGGUUACGUUAUUCAGCUUCAGGUGAAAACUAAUCUUUAGUUACUUCUUUGUGCGAUUUUAGUUGAUUUCCCAGCAAAAGUGCCUUUACUCAUGGUGAGGCAGAAGUUUGUAUCAUAUCCUGAGGCUGCUACUGCCUGUGGAGCUAAUAGGACUCUCCUAAGGCAUAAUUAAAUAACGGGCUGUGGAAAUCUUUUUAUAAAUAAUUUGACUUUUCAGAUAAAUUAGUUAUAGAUAGUGCUCUGUGAAAUAAUGGGGAUGUUGAUGAAACAGUGAACAUGGAGCAUCUGUCAUCUGUUUGGGAAGUCCUGUCCCAGGCAAGAGGAAGUCUUUAGAAUAAUGGAAGUAGAAGCAUGUUCUAUGAUUAGGAGAUGCUGGCUGCCCUCUGUUUACUGUGUAAUUUUUUUCUUCUUAGUGAAAGGUUGGUUCAGUGUAAGAGAUAUUGGUUGCUUCAUUAAGCAACCCAAAGUGAAGCUUAUACAUAUGUCAUUCAUUUUAGUAAACCUAGCCUUAAUGUGAGUUGCAAAUAAAUGUGAUAAAUAUGCAAUAACUUAUUUCUUUGUAUAAGGGUACAGUUUCCUAUAGUAGCAUUGUUUUCUGCUUUCUUAGUAAGGUUUAUCCUAAAACUAUGUAAAUGUGGUGGCAUGUGAUCCAUUUGAUGGGCUCCAACAUGCCUUGCACCGUGAACAUUUUGUUUACUGUUGUUUAUGUUCUUAUUUCACCAUCCCUUUAUAAUUGUAUUUCUAAGUUUAGAAGUACUGUUUACAUUAUCUUCCAUAAAACAGUGAAGAAAUAGCAAGUGAAAUACAGGCUUUUAGUUCUGUGAGUUUUUACUUUACAGGAGCUAGACACAGGGAAAUAAAUAGUUUGCAUGUCCGACUCCUGAGCUGGUGUUGAGAUACUUGAAAAACAAACACUGUCAGUUUGAGAAUGCUGCCAUGUUAGGGGUUAUUCAGAUAAUGAAUGGUCAGUCAGUGUUCUUGGAAUCAGCUUGCAGAGUAAACAAAUAUUUAGCAAAAAACCCUACAGCUGUGUGGUGCUAGGAAUCUGGUACUAGUGUGCAGUUUCUAGUACUACAUCAACUCCCUGCUUUAGCAUGAGGCUUUUAGCAUGUCUCCUCAGAAUCCUUCUAUACUUUGACCUUGGACUGAAGAGUGGCCUGCCCAGUUAGUUAAGUGACUGAAGUGCUGCUGACAUCAGCUCCUUGAUGUACAUCCAGCUUUUGAAAGUAACUUGUCUUGCAUAGUUUGAAGUCUGGCAACAGUGGUUCUGGGAAGGAGAGGGGCAAAUACCUUUAUUUAUUGCACAAUCAGAGUAUUAUUUUUUAACACAAUGUAAAUUCUUUAGACCAAACUUGCAUAAAUUGUUUCUAAUGAAAUUUUGGGCCUAAUCACUGUUCCAGGCUUCUGUGCUGUGCUUCAGCCUUCCUGAACCAAUUUGGUGAUUUGAGAACAAUACUUAGUGAUUUUCUUUCACCUACCUGUGGCAGUUACAGAUAUAACAGUUCCUUUUAAAAACAAGGCAGGUUUCGGGUCUGGCUGCUUCUAACAUACUUGCUCUCAGAUUGUAAUUUCAGAUAAGAACACAGUUCUUCCAACCUUUACUUAAUGUGGUCAUUUUCUUUUGCACUCAUGCCAUUAUGGUGUGAAGAGCAAAGAGUCUACAUUAAGAAUCCAAACUCCAAUAUCCUGUGGUGCAAGACAGCACUGCUGCUCCAGGGGUAACUGGCUGUCCAGUUGUGGGGUCAGUGGGCUGCUUAAUCCUCAGAUACUUGGGGUUUUGUUACAAACUCUGAGCAACAGGUUUCUUUUCCAGAGGUAAAGCCAGGUGCCUUCAUGUUUGAAGUUAGGAGGUUAUAUUCUAAAUGUGUUAGGAAUCUCACAGUUAUUGAGAAUUAGUAGAAUAGUCUCUCUUGUUGAUACUGAUUUCUGUAAAUAAACCUAUUUUAAGUCUUGCACUGUAAAUGUUAAAUAAUCUGGUGCUUAUACACAACUUCAUAAUUUCAAAUUGUUUUUGUUAUUACAAUAUAUGGUAAAUUUAUACAAACUAACUGAAGGUGCUUUUACAGUAAAUUAGACUUAAAAAUCUUCCAUAAUAUGUUUUUGUUCAUAUGCAUUUAUAGCAAUAGUGUAGUCAAGAAUGGAAGUAGGCUAAAUGCUAGUAUUUGCACUGUCCUUAAUCCCAUACAUAAGCACUGAUAGAUGCAGUAGGUUUUGUGCUGUGUGUGCAUUUCACUUUUUCAUGUAGCUUGUGAACUUAAAAGGAAGUAAACAGUAAACAACAAUGACAUUGGCCACAUUCAAGAUUGUACCAGAGGAACUAGUGGUAGCAGUACAAUAAAAAUAUUUUGGUUUGUCUUUCCAUUGAAAAUGUUAGGUUUAGCAAGACUUAACUUUUUGUACAGAUUCAGCUUUACAGAAACCCUUAUCUUUAAAUUUUUCUCAGCUCUGGCUUCUUUCGGGAAGUCAAAAGUGUCUUCAAGUCCUCCUUCAGUUCUUCCAGGGAAAAAAAUGCUUCCUUUUAAGUAAUUGUUAACAUUUCACAGAGUACAGAAUGUUUGGAAGUUUGGAAAGGUCUCUAUGGAUUUUACUGAAAAGAGAGUAUUUUGUAAUUUCUAAGCAUUUAUAUUGUUGAUCAGAAGAACUAACUUCUUGUUUCCAGUAUGGGUUACAGUUCAGUGCCUUUAAGAAAAUGAUUACAGCUCAUGGAGCAUUAAUCAUUUUAAAAUAAGGCAUUCAUAGCUUUUUAAGAAAACACAUCCUGCAAACACAGUUCUCUGUGACACAUUUCCAAUGGUGAGAAGAACUUUGCAAAAUUGUUUUAAGCAUGUUUGAUCAAAAUUACUUAACUGUGGGGAUGAAAUUUUUAUCUUACUGGUUGGGUACAUAAUUUUGUUAUGCAGAAAAUGUAUGGAAAACUGCAUGAUUAAGAGCUCUCAGCAAAUACUCCUCACGCCAAUACUUGCAACAGAACUUUACUGUGUCUGCAUGGCACUGCGCAAUGUGGAAGUUUAACUUCAUCCCUGAGGAGCAGUUUAGCUGGGUUUGCAAAGCACUUUUACCAUUAAAAAGCAAAACAGACCCCCCAGAAGAAGGUGUGGAGUUGUUAAUUCAGGCAGAAUGCUUGAUUGGUGUUCAUGUUCCAGGACCCGGCCUUGGGUAUUGCUUCCAAACGAUGACACUUUUCAGGGCAGCACUGCAUGUCUCACAGAAAACAGGAGCCAGUGCUUUGUGCCUCAGGCAUGAAAGGUUAUGUCUUCCUCCUGUUUGUUAAAGCUCAAGGACUCGAUCUGUUUUCCUCUGUAAGUGGCACAUCGGUGCUCAUUAAGUAGAAAGUACGUACAGCUAAAGAGUUAAAAUCAUUACAGAUUUUAUACGACUUCCAUUAUGUUCUUUUGAAGAAAGUUGGCAUUAGACAGCUCUUCAAUUGUAUUAAGUAGAAUCUGUAACUACCUGUAACAUCUACUGUACUGAUGAUUGUGAUUUUGUUUGUUAUAAAUUGAUUCAAAACUGAAGCACACCAUUUAGGAGACUAUAACUAAGUUAACAUUUUCUUCUAUAUUGUUAUUUUUUCCUCUGUAAAAUUAAAUUACUUUAUAAAUAAACGUAUUGAAGUACUGAAGUAUGAAUAUAAGGAUUGCUGGUCAUUGUGGAUUGUGAUGCCUCUGCUGCUGGUACCGGUUAUUCCUUCACUGUAGAAUGUUUAUGUGUUGCCUUAAGCCAGCAGUGAUUAUAUCUCCUCUAGCCAGGAGAGGAAGUUAAUUUUUCAAGUCAGCUGUAAAGGUGGAUGCCAUUCAACAAAAUGGAAGAAAAAUAAAAUGUCAGACAAACAGAAGAAAGAAAGUAUGUAAAUUUCAAUCAGUGCCUUUAGAAUAUUUAUGUAAUAUUAAAUAUUUUGUUUUCUUUUUGUUUUGGUCUAUAUAACUUGUUAUUGUAAGAACUGGACAUGUGGUAACAGGUUCACACAUGCCCUUCCAUUUCCAUAAAGUGUUCACUGAAGAUAUUGAGGGUACUGAUGUUCUUGAGCCCAGCUAAAACCUGUGGCCAGAUCUGAGUUCUUAACAACUUUUCAUGGCUCUGUUAAGUGACCUUCACUGACAAUGUCAAACCACGUCCCUCAGUUAACUUAGCUUGGAGAUAUCUUUGUGCCAAGGUGUCUUUAGGCAGUCCCAUUCAACAGGAAGUGACAAGCCAUGGUGAAGCAAGGCAAAGAAACAGCAUUAGAAAUUUAUUCAGAAUAUAAGAACAUUUGUAAAAUAAGUAUUAUAAAUGCCUCUGUAUAAAUAAAUGCAGUUUUUACAAUUCUAUAUCAAAUGAACACAAAGUAGCUAUUUUACAGCUGCUUGAAAAUGAAAAGGUAGCAACACAUUUAAAGGUAAUUCAGUAAGGUGAAAAGUUUCUAAAGUUGCAAUGGAUGGUGCAGUAUACGGAAGGAGGAGAAAACUGUAACAAAACCAGUAGAAUAUGACAUGAAUGCAAACUCAGUCACAUGUGCUUUGCAAAAGCUAACAGUACAUUCAAGCUGGUGAAGAUUUAUACAUCAUAGAAUUAGGAAAAAAGUGAAUUUUUUCUGAGCACUCUGUGAAAUACAAAGUUUCAUGCACACUGGUGACUUAAAAAAAUAAAAAAGUCCAAUCAUUAAUUCAUAAAUGGACUUAGGUUGGCAAGAAUCACUUUUUUUCUUGCUUUGCAAAUUUAUUAUUUCUGCAACAAGCUUUAAGAGAGUUAAGUUGCUGUAAGUCACUGUGGACUGCACACUCAGGUAUUUCUGGUAUGCUGGUACUUCUGAGUUGCAUAAAAGGAGUUUGAGGUUUUUUUGGCAUUUUUUCUGAGGGUUGGUGCCAUUUGCAUGGGGUACACUGGAGCUGAAGCUGAUUAUCAGUAAUGAACAGUUUUCAGAGUAACAUUAAACCUGUGAUGAUCCCAGCUGAUCCUUUCCAGUAUGCUAACAAAUGAUGCGGUACUUGCUUUUCCAUCUACAACCCUUAUGGGAAAAAAAUGGGAGUGGUUUACAUUUACUGAUGAUUUAUAAUUCUAAUGCACUUCUAGAGCACAGUUGGCACGGAAGAUUUGUGCUAAAUGUAGUGAAAUAAUCAGCAAAUUGUUAGACCUGGAAAAAACACUGAGGCUGCAGCUUUUUGUGCCUCUGUGCAAGAGUAUCUGAAUUUUUUAAUGGAAGGAACUCUUCUGUGUGAGGGUGCUGAGGCACUGGCCCAGGUUGUCCAGAGAAGCUGUGGCUGCCCCAUCCCUGGAAAUGUCCAAGGCCAGGUAGGAUGGGGCUUGGAGCAACCUGGUCCAGUGGAAGAUGUCCCUGCCCACAGAAAGGGAUUGUAACAAGAUGAUUUUUAGGGUCCUUUCCAAACCAAACCAUUCUGUAAUUCCAUUAAUCUAAAUAGGGAAAAAAAAUAAGCCUAAGAGGCAGCUCAGUGCAGUAUGGCUCCUGUCCUCUCCACUGAAAGGUAUUUUUGCAUGGACAUUCUGAGGUAACCUCAAGUCACAUGGGUGUUUCAGAUGCUGGAAGACAAAAGUGUAACUGCAUUUUUGCCACAGCACACGGAAACUUUCCUUUGUGAUUCUUCAAAACAAGCGUGCUCAGCUACUACUGAGGAUGAUGGCAAACCCCCACCCUCCUCGAUGUGAGAAAAUUGGGCCAGAAAAGGGGAAACACCAUAGAGAGCUGCUCAGCAGAACCACAGAGACAGAAGAAGUCACUGUGCCUCCUCCCUCAAGAGACUCAUUUGCAAUAAUUUCUAGUCACAUUAUAAAUUAAGAAGUGCAAUUAUUCUGAGAAAGAGGACUGAUCAAAACCAGAACAUCACUACCUAAAAAUUCUGAAAUCAGCAUUGUUUUAAUUUGCUGCUGCAAUCAACCACAUGUGAUGCUGGCUUUGUGGAUGAUGUACUAGACUCCAGAGAAGUAGGAAUGACUAAGGACAGAAAACAACAGCCACUACAGUAGAAAGAGAUGGAAAACCAACUGCUACACUUCCAGAUGUAACCAAGAGUUAACAAUAAUGCCACAUUCUGAACACAAAUUCCCACAACUAUGUUGUCUGACCUAACCCAACAGUAGGCAAAAUGAGUCCUCUAAAAUAUUUCCGUAGUACUAGUAAUGGGAGGACUAAAUGAGAAAAGUUAUCAUAAUUCUAAAUAAACUAGUAAAAAACUUGAGGUGCAACUUAACAUGUAAAGAAAAACGAUAAACAUUUCCUGAAAUCAGAAUCACUGAAAAUCAGUCUGGAAAAUGCAAAGCAGAGGCAUAACACAGCAGCAGGCUAACACAGUGAAGGGACUAUAGCUUGGCUUUUUAAAACACACAUAAAACUUCUUCACGUACUCUGUC